AUGCAUUUGACAGAGCUCCCACCUGAGCUUAUGCUGAUGAUCAUGAGAUCCUUGAGUCCAUCGGACGAAGCGUCUCUCGCCUUAUCAUGCUGGAAGAUGAUGGACGCGGUUACUCGCGAAGGCGUGAGAAAGAUCGAUGAGAUUCUUGGAGAGCACAAACAAGGCGACACUAAGAGUGAAAGAUGUCUCUUCUUGAGGAAAAUCGUGGAGGAUAUCCCAGAUCACUACCUCUGCUACAACUGUGGCAGGCUUCAUCUCUGGGAGGCGGUACCUCAUCCUGGAGACUAUUCAUUCGAGAAUGAGCUCUGCCCGACAUUUCAGAUCCCUCCCAUUUUUUCCAAAAUGGCAGUGUGGGACUGCUCGGACGCCCACUACCACCUCGACUUUGCGCACAUCCAUCUGGCAACCCGACGCCAAAUUCGCGGACCAGAAUACGGGAUUCACCCCGAGAUGCUUUCAUACGUCGAGGUGAAGCCAGAGUACCUCAGCGCCGUGACCACCCUUCCUGAGCCUGAAAUGUUUUUUCAGAAGCACACUGUCAGGGUGACGACGAUCGACGCUCGUGUCUCCCCAGAGCCAGUGAGCUUUUACCUUCGAGCUCAGAGUAUGCGAGUCGGCCACGAGACUCUUCUCAAAGACCGAGUGGUCAAAGAUCCUGCUGCAAGCUGGAGAGACUUCAUUCGCCAGAAUGAGUGCGCGCAUCUGCGAUGCCGACCUCGGCCGCACUGGGAGCCCACUCUGAGCGAGGUGAUCGCUAGCUUCUCUCAGUAUGUUCAACCGCCAGUGUCGCCAGGCCGCAAGCUCGUCACCCCAUGCAGGGAUUGCCGGACGCUCUUCAAGUACGAGACUCGCAGAUUCGAGGGUGGAUACCUUGUCCUCAUCGUCACGCGGUAUGUCGACUUGGGACCCGGAAAAGUCCCCCAACGACCCUCCCCAGAGUCGGAUGGAGAGCCCGGAGCCGACGUACCUACCGUGUCAGAUGAGUCGGACGAGGCUGUCGUUGGCAAUCUUCAACUGCAAUUCGACAGCUGCCCUGACGAUGGCCGCACCCAGAGGAUCAUAUCAGAGGAGGAAGUCAUCAGCCGCAGCUUCAAGGUCGCCGUGGAGCAGACUUAUGACAAGGAAAUGACGCGGCUGGAUCUGAAAGGCUGGACGUUUUUCCAAAAGCCGGACAGGUCUGCUAACUCCGGUGUCUACUCUCCUUGA